GAGCUGGGGUUGUCGCGGGCCGCGGAGAGUCCGUCUCGGCCACUGUUUUUGCCCGAGGAGACUUCCUUCCUAGGUCGCACCCUGACUCCCGUGGUGUCGAGGGGGAGUCCCUGCGGACACCUCUGCACGCAGUGGAGAUGCCUCUGUUUGCCACCAAUCCCUUCGAUCAGGAUGUCGAGAAAGCAACCAGUGAGAUGAAUACUGCUGAAGAUUGGGGCCUCAUUUUGGAUAUUUGUGAUAAAGUCGGUCAGUCUCGCACUGGACCUAAAGAUUGUCUUCGGUCUAUUAUGAAGAGGGUAAACCAUAAAGAUCCUCAUGUGGCUAUGCAGGCUCUCACCCUUCUAGGAGCAUGUGUAUCAAACUGUGGCAAAAUUUUUCACUUAGAAGUAUGUUCGAGAGAUUUUGCUAGUGAAGUAAGCAACGUAUUAAACAAGGGUCAUCCUAAAGUGUGUGAAAAAUUGAAGGCUCUUAUGGUUGAAUGGACAGAUGAAUUCAAGAAUGAUCCACAGCUUAGUCUAAUAUCAGCAAUGAUUAAGAACCUGAAAGAACAGGGUGUUACGUUUCCAGCUAUUGGCUCUCAGGCUGCAGAACAAGCGAAAGCAAGCCCAGCUCUGGUAGCCAAGGAUCCUGGUACUGCGGCUAACAAAAAAGAAGAGGAAGAUUUAGCGAAAGCCAUUGAGUUGUCCCUGAAGGAGCAAAGGCAGCAGUCAACCACCCUUUCCACUUUGUAUCCAAGCACAUCCAACCUCUUAACUAACCAUCAACAUGAAGGCCGGAAAGUUCGUGCUAUAUACGACUUUGAAGCUGCUGAAGAUAAUGAACUGACUUUUAAAGCUGGAGAAAUUAUUACAGUUCUUGAUGACAGUGACCCCAACUGGUGGAAAGGGGAAACCCAUCAAGGCAUGGGGCUCUUCCCCUCAAAUUUUGUGACUGCAGAUCUCACUGUUGAACCUGAAAUGAUUAAAACGGAGAAGAAGACGGUACAAUUUAGUGAUGAAGUUCAGGUAGAAACGAUAGAACCAGAGCCAGAACAAGCCUACAUUGAUGAGGAUAAAAUGGACCAGUUGCUACAGAUGUUGCAAAGUACAGAUCCCAGUGAUGAUCAACCGGAUCUUCCAGAGUUACUUCAUCUUGAAGCAAUGUGUCACCAGAUGGGGCCUCUCAUUGAUGAGAAGCUGGAGGAUAUCGAUAGAAAACAUUCAGAACUCUCAGAACUGAAUGUUAAAGUGAUGGAAGCCCUGUCCUUGUAUACCAAGUUAAUGAAUGAAGACCCCAUGUAUUCCAUGUAUGCAAAGUUACAGAAUCAGCAGUAUUAUAUUCAGUCAUCCGGAGUUUCUGGUUCUCAGGUGUACCCUCCUCAGAGUGGUGCUUACCUGGUCACAGGGAGCGCCCAGAUGAGCCACCUGCAGAGCUACAGCCUGCCCCCAGAGCAGCUGCCUUCCCUCAGCCAAGGAGCAGUGCCACCAUCUGCAAACCCAGCCCUUCCUACUCAGCAAGCCCAGGCUUCCUACCCCAACACAAUGGUCAGCUCCGUCCCGGGAAGUACGUAUCCCAGCCAGGCUUCAGUGUACAGUCCUCCCCCUGCCGCCACAGCUGCUCCCGACGUCACCAUCUACCAGAACGCAGGGACCAGCCUGUCCCAGGUGCCGAACUAUACAUUACCGUCCACACUACCCCAGCCUGGGGGCAGCCAGCAGCCACCUCAGCCGCAGCAGCCGUACUCCCAGAAGGCUCUGCUAUAGGACUGGAGUCCCCUUUGUGGCAAAUACCCGCCGAUCACCAAUGGCAAUGUUACAAGAUCCUUUAAUAUCUUAAGAUUGGUUUACCCUCAGCUUAUAGGAAUCAUAUCUUGGUCAACACGUUCCAAUGUUCAAGAAGGGAGAUCCCUCUUCAAUUUGUACUGACUUUUUAGAGGGUCUCCCCUUCCCUCCCCUGUGAGGAAUGAAACUACUUACAACAUAUAAUUCCUUUCAUAAUAUGAAAGGAUCAAUGCAAGAUUAUCUGUCUCGUAAAAUCACCUGGCCUGCAAAGAGUCAAACUUACCAACACUGUUGUGGCAAACGUUGUGUACAUAGGUUGCUGUGUAACUUCACUACUGGCCAUUUUGAAUCACGAGUGGUGAUCAUGUGAAUAUAUUUAACACUGUUAAAUUAAUUGACAUUGCUAUUUUAUUUUAAUCAUGAGCAGCUACCAUGUUUCAUAAUGUUUUGUGUAAAUUGAAGAUAAUUACACUAUCCUUUUAAACUGCAAGAGAACAAAACUGUAGCAUAUGUACAUGAAGGUGUUACUGUCCCCGUUUCAGUUUCCCAUUCAACUGAACCUUCCUGGGAGUAAUUGGGAGCUGAACGCACAUAUGUUAUGUCAUUCUGUAGCCUCUGCAUACUACUAGCUGUCAUCACACCAGCGUACAGUAGCUAAAUUUUUGGUGCACUUCUAGCAAAUGAUGAUGUUCCCUUUUAAACUUUGACAUUUUGGCAUGAUAUAUCAGAAUACUGUGGGACCAUGAGACAAAAAUCAAGUCGGACUGCAUUCUUUUAUAUCUUAACUUUUAAAGAGAUAAUGUCAAUUUACUUUUUCCUAGUCGAAGAUAGUAAUUAGGUUUCUAAGCUGUAUACUGUGUUUAUUGGUGGCAGUGACACCAAAGAUAGAGGCAAAGGAUAGAAGUUUUUAAACUGGAAAGAGAACAUGAAUUACACUACAAUUUCAGUCUCUUGUAAUUAUUUAGGCUAUGGCAAAAUUCAGUUCAUCUGUCUUAUUCCGCUACUAGCCUUUUAAAUAUGUCUUCAACACAUUGUAUCCUUUAAUUCUUCAUUAAAAUGAGUGUAAGUAGACGUUUCAAAGUCAUCGAGA